AUGGGGCACACCCCUGGCCAGCGGCAGCGGGACACCCGCCGCCUUCCAAGCCACGCUGGGGUGUGGAGACACCGACAAGGGAUGCGCCUCAGGCAGGAGGGGACAGAGCCCACCCGCCCUGACUAUAUUUGCCCACGGUGUGAAUCUGGUUUUAUUGAAGAACUUCCCGAAGAGCCAAGGAACGCUGACAAUGAGACCAGCUCCUCUACGUCAGCCAGUGAUCAGAGCAGGCAUCCUUUUGAGAACGUGGAUCAGCACUUGUUCACCUUGCCACAGGGCUACGGCCAAUUUGCCUUCGGGAUCUUUGAUGACAGCUUUGAGUUUCCAUUCGGGUCCAAUGUGCAGUCGGAAGACAACAGGGACUCUGAGAACCGGAGGGAGCGAGAGCAUCAGUCUCGGCAUCGAUACGGCGCAAGGCAGCCCCGAGCCCGUCUCGCCACACGCCGUGCCGCUGGCAGGCACGAGGGAGUUCCCACACUAGAAGGAAUUAUCCAGCAGCUGGUCAAUGGAAUUAUUGCACCUACAACAAUACCGAACCUAGGACUAGGUCCUUGGGGAGUCUUGCAUUCAAAUCCAAUGGACUACGCAUGGGGUGCCAACGGCUUGGAUGCAAUUAUUACACAGUUACUAAAUCAGUUUGAAAACACUGGACCGCCGCCAGCAGACAAAGAAAAGAUCCAGGCCCUCCCCACCAUACAGAUCGCACAGGAACACGUAGAUUCUGGGUUAGAGUGUCCUGUGUGUAAAGAAGACUAUACAGUCGGUGAAAAUGUCCGACAGUUACCUUGCAAUCACCUAUUCCACAACAGCUGUAUAGUCCCUUGGCUGGAACAGCUCACCAAGUAACGAAAACUCAUCGAACAACUCAUGAAUCUUAAUCCAACCCUCUGUCCCUGGGGCCCUGUCCAUUGUCCUUCCUCCCUCCCCAGCC